AAGCAGAAAGUCUGGAGGGAUGUUAGCUUACAGACCGUCGACCGGGCGCCGCUUUUCAGAGCAAAAUCCGACCUUUGACACCGAGUGACCAACGUGAUGGCGGCGGCGAGGUCACGAACGGCCAGGACGUUUGUCUGGGUCACAUGACCCACUUUCUGUUGCUCCUGGACUUCUACCUGAGGCUUCUUGAUUGGUUAACGGUGUCUGGAUGCCCCGCCCACAUACAUGUAAGGAUGGUUUCUAAUGAGAAGACCUGGAGGAGAGGUCCGGUCUUUGACCUCCAGGUUCCCUAGUGUCUGACAGCUGCUUCCUGGGCCGGGCCGGGCUGGGCCGGGCCGUCCACCACUGCAGCUGGACCCCCCACACCGAGCCAGGUUACCUGCCCCCCAGGUUGUGUCUGAAGUCCCUCACUACUAAUUUCCCAGAAGCCUCUGCGAACAGCCAGUUUCCGUUCGUGAGGACUGGAUUGACUAAUACAGACCACAAUGCAUUGCGUCUGUCAGUAAAUUCCUUAUCAGAACUCCGCGGUUCCGUUCGGUACGGUUCGUAUUUAUUCGGUUGUACUUCGUCAGACGGAUGACGUCAUCUUCGAAAGGUUUCUGCGGCUGUGACGUCAUCGUUCGUCCUCCGACCUGCAGGCGGCAGCACCGAGGUCACGCGCCCGAACGACGGGACCGUUAAGCGCCGUUUCCGGUUGCAGGUGGAUGUUCUGAGUCGAACCUCUGAAGUCUCCGAACCGGACUCGGACGUCUCCGUUUCCCGCGCGAUGGCCUCCAGGCGGCCGGACAGCUUCGACGGGCUCGGUUACCGGGGCCGCGAGGAGCCGCUGUACGGGUCCGGGUUCCCGCUGCGGGGCGCGAGCGCCGACCCGCAGCAGCACCAGUGGGUCACCACGCCGCCCGACAUCCCGGGAAGCCGCAACCUGCACCCCGGAGAGCGGACGCCGCUGCUGGACGGGCCGCAGCCCGAACCCCGGACCGACUGGGGGGGGCCGCAGCCCGGACUCCCGCCCUCAGAUCAAGUUAAUCGCUUCGCUGGAUUUGGGAUUGGCCUUGUGAGUCUCUUCACAGAGAACGUCCUCUCUCACCCCUGCAUCGUCUUCCGGCGCCAGUGUCAGGUGAACUACCACGCCCACUGCUAUCACCUGACCCCAUUCAGCGCCGUGACCGUCAUGUACUCCAUCAGCAAGGCGCAGGGCGUGAAGGCCCUGUGGAAGGGGAUGGGCAGCACCUUCAUCGUCCAUGGAGUCACGCUGGGAGCUGAAGGCAUCCUAAGCGAGUUCACGCCAUUACCGCGGGAGCUUCCUCACAGGUGGAGCUGGAAGGAGCUGGCUGGACAUUUGCUGCUCAAAGGUCUGACGGCGGUGGUGGCGCUGCCGUUCUACUGCGCCAGCCUCGUCGAGACGGUCCAGAGUGAGAUCGUGCGGGACGAGGCGUCCUCCGGCCUGCUGGACUGCGUCCGGGAGGGGCUGGCCCGGUUGCUGCACGUGGGCGCCCCCCACAGCCGCCGGCUGCUUCCUCUCAGCUCCCUACUGCUUCCUGCCGCCUUGCACGCCAUCCUGCGCUACGCCAUGUCCUCCGCCGUGCAGCAGGUGGCGCUGUGGUUGUACCAGCGGGGCAGGAAGCCGCGGCCGGAGCCCUCCAACCCUCUGGACACCUACUUCCCUGAGCUGGUGGCGGCGUGGGCGGGGUCUCUGAUGGCGGACGUGGCGUUGUUUCCUCUGGAGACGGCGCUGCACCGCCUCAGCCUUCAGGGGACGCGCACCAUCAUCGACGCCACCGACGGGGUGGUCGCCACGGGAACCGGCGCCUCGCCGCUGGUGCUGCCCGUCAACACUCAGUACGACGGUCUGUCUGACUGCAUGCAUGCUAUCCGCCGCAGAGAGGGCGGGGCCGGCUACUACCGCGGCUUUGGCGCGCUCGUGGCGCAGUACACAUUACACGGCGCCCUGCUCGCCGCGGCCAGGAUGCUCCUCAGAGUGAUGCUGCUGGACGCCAGAACCAGCUAGAACCGGACAGGACAGCCACCCAUUCAGAUCCACUCCCGCCGCCCAGUGACCAUGUGACUGUCCCAGCAUGCACCGGGUCUCUCAGUGGGCUGGCGUGACAAAAGGAAGAAUAUUAGACUAAGUUAUUUGUUAAUAUUCAGGAAAUUCUUUAAAUGUUCAAUUAAAUGAUGAAACAGGUGAGUUUACCUGGAGGUAACAUUCAUGUUGGUGCCACUUAUGAUGUCAUCGUGUCAUGUGAUCACCUCUGUCAAACUCCAUAUGUGUUUAAAUGCUGUCAGAUCGUCAUUGUUAAUAAAGUUUUAUUAAUUUCUCCUGUA